UAGCUUCCUCAGAGGGCCUUCUGGACUAGGGUGCUGCAAAGUGCCCACUGUACACCCAGCCUCCCCAGCCCUACCCAAGGUGAUUGCUCAUCAUGGCACAGGCCUCAGGGAUGGACCCGCUUGUGGACAUCGAGGAUGAAAGACCCAAGUGGGACAACAAACUCCAGUACCUCCUGAGCUGCAUCGGUUUUGCUGUGGGGUUGGGGAACAUAUGGAGGUUCCCCUACUUGUGCCAGACCCACGGAGGAGGGGCCUUCCUCAUCCCCUACUUCAUUGCACUGGUCUUUGAGGGGAUCCCGCUUUUCUACAUCGAGCUUGCCAUUGGCCAGCGCCUACGGAGGGGAAGCAUUGGGGUGUGGAAGACCAUCUCCCCUUACCUCGGUGGUGUAGGCCUGGGCUGCUUCUCAGUGUCCUUCCUGGUCAGUCUGUACUACAACACCGUUCUCCUGUGGGUCCUAUGGUUCUUCCUCAACUCCUUCCAACACCCGCUGCCCUGGAGCACAUGUCCGCUGGAUCUCAACAGAACAGGAUUCGUGCAGGAAUGCCAGAGCAGUGGCACCGUGAGCUAUUUCUGGUACCGUCAGACUCUGAAUAUCACAUCCGACAUCAGCAACACAGGCACUAUCCAAUGGAAGCUGUUCCUCUGCCUGGUGGCCUGCUGGUCAACUGUGUACCUGUGUGUCAUCAGAGGCAUUGAGAGCACGGGGAAGGUGAUCUACUUUACAGCCCUAUUCCCUUACCUGGUACUAACCAUCUUCCUCAUCAGAGGUCUGACCUUGCCUGGAGCAACAGAGGGCCUGACCUACCUGUUUACUCCCAAUAUGAAGACUCUUCAGAAUCCACGGGUAUGGUUGGAUGCAGCCACCCAGAUUUUCUUCUCCCUGUCCCUGGCCUUUGGAGGGCAUAUUGCUUUUGCAAGCUACAACCCACCCAGGAACAAUUGUGAGAAGGACGCCGUGAUUAUUGCCCUGGUCAACAGCAUGACUUCCCUGUAUGCAUCCAUCACCAUCUUCUCCAUCAUGGGGUUCAAGGCAUCCAAUGACUAUGGGAGGUGCCUGGACAGAAAUAUCUUGAGCCUCAUCAAUGAGUUCGACCUUCCAGAGCUUAGCAUCUCCAGGGAUGAGUACCCAUCUGUCCUCAUGUACCUGAAUGCCACUCAGGCUGAGAGGGUGGCCCGACUUCCCCUGAAGACCUGCCAUCUGGAAGAUUUUCUGGAUAAGAGUGCCUCGGGCCCAGGCCUGGCCUUCAUCGUUUUCACAGAAGCUGUCCUGCACAUGCCAGGUGCUUCUGUGUGGUCUGUGCUCUUCUUUGGGAUGCUGUUUACCCUGGGUCUGUCCUCCAUGUUUGGGAACAUGGAGGGUGUCAUUACACCACUAUUGGACCUGGGGAUCUUACCCAAAGGCAUACCCAAGGAGGCCAUGACUGGGGUGACCUGCCUUGCCUGUUUCCUCUCAGCCAUUUGCUUCACACUGCAGUCUGGAAGCUACUGGCUGGAGAUCUUUGACAGUUUUGCAGCUUCUCUGAAUUUGAUCAUCUUCGCCUUCAUGGAAGUGGUGGGAGUCAUUCACGUUUAUGGGAUGAAACGGUUCUGUGAUGACAUUGAAUGGAUGACCGGGCGGCGGCCUGGCCUCUACUGGCAGGUGACAUGGAGGGUGGUGAGCCCUAUGCUGCUGUUCGGAAUCUUCCUAUCCUACAUUGUCAUUCUGGUCCAGACACCACCCAGCUACAAGGCCUGGAACCCCCAAUAUGAACAUUUUCCCUCAAGAGAGGAGAAGUUCUAUCCAGGCUGGGUGCAGGUCACCUGUGUGCUCCUGUCCUUCCUGCCCUCACUGUGGGUCCCUGGAGUUGCUCUGGCUCAGCUACUGUCCCAGUACAAACAGAGAUGGAAGGCUACGCGUCUGAAGCUACAGGAGAGCAGAGGCUGCUGAGGCGAAGACCUAGGGUAGAUCAGGGUUGGGAGGAAGGAAGACCUGUGCCCACUCAGAUGCAGCCUCAUUACACUCUGUCCGCUACUGAGACCACGUGGUUAUUGCUUUCCCAGCUUUCUGUAUGCUGGAAGACUCAGAUUCAGGGUAGCUGCGUGUUGCCCAGUGGGAGUCCAUGUGAUGCCAUUCCUCCAAAGCUAGGUCUGGCAGGAUGCAGUCUGUGUGGACAUGGCUUUCCCCUAGAAUCCAUGCCGAGCUGGGUAGCCCUCAGUUACUUUGUUGGUAUAGUGGCAAGACCGUGGAAUCCCUUUUCUCGGAGUGGCCUCCACAUUACUAAUUUUAGAAAUCCAGACCUAAUUCUGGUCUUCAAGGGAAAGCUGAGCUCAGGGGUGUGGGGAACCUGACAGGCAGGAGACUUCUUCCUCCUCCCAUAUCAUCCUGGUGUUACCACAUCUAUAGAGAGAGAUCCACAGGUGCAGAUACCAGACUAUUAGAGGACUGAGUACCCAUGUCUACAAUCAUUACUGCAGGGGUGAGGUGGUCACAGCUGAGGAGGGGCUUACUGUGCUCCGACUGACCAGACAUAUUUCGUUUUUUAUUUUUCAAGCUUGUCAAGAAGGUACAAAAUGGCUCCUGGACAGUUAGAUUCUACUCUCUUGAGAGUGAUAACCAGAUAUUCACUCACAUCUGUCCACUCACUGGUACUCUUCACCAGUGGGCCUCUGCAGCCUUGAAGUACAGCCAUGACUCCAAAGUCACAGCAGGGCUCAGAGAGCCCCCCUUCCCCCUGCUCUGUUUUCUGUCCCUUCCAUCAGGAUUGUGAAACCAGGGUCGUCUCUGAAACCUGGGGACUUGGGCAAGCAUGUUCACUUCUUGCCAUCUGUACCAACCAGUGGCUUUGUGAUGUCAGUUGACUUCCCAGGCACAGCAGACCCUGGUGCCUUUGGGGGGAGAGGGUUGGGAGGGGGAGAAGGACAGUGGUACUGUCCACGGUGAUGACAUUUUAAGCAAGAAAGGUUUAUGUGUGUGCAAAUGUGACUCUUACUGGAAGCCACCCUUGUCAGGGCUAGCCCAGAAUUCAAAGUAAACAUGAAAGUCUCUGUUUAUCCAUCUGCAUAUCCACUGAGCACUAUACACAGAAUGAACCCCAAGGUUCGCAACAGAAAGUACUCAAGUCUACAAAGGGUUAAAGCCUGCACUUGGUCCAGCAUCCUGGACUAUGACAACUGCCUAUGUCCAUCCAUUCUGCCAUUGACAAAUACUCUUGAUAAGCAGGAAUAUAAGAGGCACCUAUCCUUAUACAAGGUGGUAUCUUAUGUCCAUAUCAUGUUUCAAAAUUGGGUUGUCAUAGGGGCCUAUUAUCAGGGAAAUACCUUCAGUGUUGGGCAUCAUAAAGGCAGGGUGGGCUCUGCCAGCACCUUGGAAGAAUAUGCCUUCUGCCAGGACUGAAAUGGAAGCAUGGACCGUAGAAUUUGGAGUCCUGCUUAGCCAUAGAGAGCAAGGGCUUGGGUGCUAACCUCUUCAGAAUAGUCCAUUCUGCACACAUCCUUGAUACAGCUAUGAAAAUAUCCAGGUAGAAGGAUAGAUGGACAGGAGGCAUGUCCAAAUGGGUGGCUUACAGGCAGGCAUAUCAACAUAUGGGCAGUUCAAAACAUCAGAGGUUCCACCUCUAUCAAACAGGUUGAUUGUUGGAGCCCCUGAUGAGUGCCUGGAAUAUUGGGGUGGCUGACAAAGCACCAUUCAGGAUGAGAUGAACAAGGGGCUAGACUGCAGAGCAAAGGUGAAUAACCUGAAACUGCAUGACCAUGCCUACAUGCAAGGUAUCCUCAAGUUGACCCUACCCUUGAGAAAACCAUGAGCAGGGCCUGUGCAGCAAAAACCAGACCACAAAACCUGCAACCUGUUGGAACACACUACUUCUCAGGGCAACAGUGUCAACAUAGAAAUGAAGCUGCUAUGAAAAGCCUGUGAACUCUAAGAUGGACAUAGUGACCAUGUCUUCCUCAACCACAUGAAACUCAGACUUCUUCUCUCAGUAUUCUUCUUCACCAUAGCUUUAUCCAAUGACUGAGGUUAGGAUUAUACCUGGAGAGGUGUUCAUCUACACUCUACAGUGAGAGGUAAUUCUGUAUCCCAGGUGAUCCUGAGAGUACAAGUUCAGACAAAUCAACUUACUGUAUGGGAAGCAGCCCCUCUUACAUAUGGGUGGAGCUGGAACUCAUUGUGAAAGACACCCCCAUUGUGACUAGGGAGUGAGUCUGUAAAUUUGUGGAUAGCAGUUCUGACUGGGCUACAGAAGUCUCUGUUGUCAGAAAAAUGAGUUCCCUUUUGGUUCUUGGUCUCAUUAAUAAAAUAAUUAAAAAUGGACU